CCGUCUUUUUUCCGGAAAAGCACCAUUCACACAUCCAUUCCAAAAAAACGGUAAAUUCUGUGACGUCAUUAACCUCUAAACAGCUGCGCUUGUAAGAUUAUUUGUAAACAUGGAGGGUAAUAUGCGGUCAAUAUUUCUGUUGAUGGUUUCAUUUUUGUUACAAACUUUCGCAUUUAUGCAGCUGCUUUUGUCACAGAGACAACGUCAUAGACGACUACAAACAAAAAUACUUAAUUAUAGGAGAAAAAAUGUUGUCGCUAGCAUCCGAAGGCAGAGGCGAUACCUGCAGCUAAAAAAAAACAGUUAUGUUUACACAUAUGGCUACACAGAGGUCUGUGCGACGGACAUGGGCCAUUCCGCGUAUACAUGGGAAAGUGUUUUGGGAAAGUGUUUUGAACAACUUUGAUGAAGAUAUGUGGACGGAACACUUUCGCAUGUCGAGAGAUACGUUUGAGUAUGUGCUGGAGCUUGUGAGACCCUCUUUGGUACGAAAAACUACCGGCUGGCGAAAACCGCUGGAACCCCGACUGAGACUCGCAGUUGUGUUGUGGUGGUACGCUACCCCAAGUGAAUACAGGACCAUGUCCUGUUUAUUUGGCCUUGGAAUAUCAACAGUCUGCAUGCUUGUUCGUCAGGUAACAUAUGCUCUGAAGACGACCCUUUGCAAGCGCUUUAUAUGCAUGCCUCAAGGCCAGCAUCUCCAAAAAACCAUUGAUGGUUUUGUUGCCCGUGGCUACAAGAUGUGUGCAGGUGCUAUUGAUGGAUGCCACAUAUCAAUAUUAAGACCUCAUGAGGACCAGGCUGCCUACUGCAACCGUAAAGGCUGGCACUCUAUAGUGUUGCAGGCCGUUGUGGAUCACAAUGUAUGCUUUACGGAUGUGUAUGUGGGUUGGCCUGGUCGAUCUCAUGAUGCAAGAGUGCUAGCCAACUCUCCCAUAUACCAAAUGGCCGAGGCCCAGGAUGGGUAUUUGUUUCCUCGUGAUAAAUCUAUGGUGGUGAAUGGAGUGGAGGUUCCCAUCCAUCUUAUUGGAGAUGCGGCAUACCCCCUUAAAAAAUGGCUAAUGAAGGGGUUCCCAAAUCACCAAAAUCUGACACUCAACCAGUCUCACUUCAACUUCUGCUUGAGUUCAGCUCGAAUGGUCGUAGAAAAUGCCUUCGGUUGCCUCAAAGGUCGCUGGAGAUAUUUACUGAAGCGCAAUGAUGUCGACAUAAAUAUUGUGUCUGAUGUAGUUGUAGCUUGUUGCAUCUUGCACAAUAUUUGUGAACUCAGGAAAGAAACAUACCUGCAUGAAUGGAACACUGACCACCAGUGUGAUGUUUCAGCUGAGGCUACUGACCGAGAGAACAACAGAUUAACUGAUGACGUGCAAGCAGUUCGGAGGGCAUUGGCAACACUGAUGAGUUAAAGGAAUAGUUAACCCAAAAACUAUUUACUCAACGUCAUGUAAUUGUAAACCUGCAUGAAGUUCUUGCU